GACAACACCGCCAAAGUGCAGAAGAGAAGAAAUCGAGUGUGGCACCAGUUGUGCAGAACACACGUGAAACCAACACCCAAUGUUUGUGUUUUUGAAAAUUUCGUGAAACACCAGGUGGAUUGUUUAUUAUUUUAGUGAAGCAUGUAGCAAUUGUGAAGUAAAAUCCAUAAAAUGUGGACCACCACAAAGACAACAAAGUACGGCGUCGCCGUCUACAAUUGGAGAGGUGACACGCGUUAUGGUUUGCCACUUGAGAUUGGCGAAACAGUUCAAAUUCUUGAAGAGUGUGCAGGCUGGUUUAGAGGCUUUUCGACGAAAAAUCGUGCAAUAAAGGGCAUUUUUCCAAGUUCGUAUAUUCACUUAAAACCUUGUAAAAUUGAUAAUGAAGGUCUCUACGAAUCAGUUAUACCCCUUGAAGACCCUGUUGUACGAGAAGUCACUCUUGUACUUCGAGAAUGGGGUGGAAUAUGGAAAAGACUUUAUGUGGAGAGGGAAAUUUACAAAUUCAAUACUCUAAGAAAAGUCAUGCAAGAUUUACUGGAAUGGAGAAGACAACUUUUGGCUGGAACUUUAACGACUGAUCAAACACGCGAAAUGAAAUUGCAAGUGAUAAACAAGGUGGAUUGGGGAAAUCGAAAAUUGGGACUUGAUUUGGUGCCAAGGCAAGGCGCUCAUAUGGUUGACCCGGAUGAUAUGUCAGUAGUCGAACUUUAUCACGUGCAUGUGCAGAGUGCGGAAAAUUCUCAGGGCUCAUCGGCAAUUGGUACACUGAAGCGAAAAGUCCAAAAAAAAGUUUUAACCCAUCAUUUGUACUUUUGUAUGAGGGAUUUUGGACAUUCAGUUGGCGAGGAUACGGAAAUUUAUUUUUCAUUGUACGACGGUAGACGGAGUCAAUAUAUUAGCGAACGAUUUUUGGUGAAAAUAUCGAAGGAAGGAUUUUCAAAUUACGUGGAGAAAAUGCACAGUAAUUGUACAAUAUUCACGGAUUUGGGUAAUGCUGAUCUUGGUCGUGAUUUGUAUAUGGUCGCUCAUGUCAUGCGUUGUGGCAGAAUGCUCUAUUCAGAUUCUGGGAAAAAUAAGGCCGGAGCAACAACUUAUAGAAGACCACACGGGGUGGCCGUACUUUCUCUCGCGGACGCCUCACAAAAUCACACCGAGGAAUCGGAACUUACUUUUAAGGUUUAUCAAGGAGACGAGAAGGAAUUUCACCAGUUGCACGAGCAGAUAAUUCGUAACAACAAAUGUUCGCCGCUUCCAGGUCAACCGAAUUACGGCAUAGUUGUCUCGUUUCGUGUUCUUCACGGUGAAUUAUGCCAGGUGCGUGAGGAGAAUCCUUUACUGUUCAAGAAUAUUUGUUUGACCAAAAAACUUGGAUUUUCUGACGUCAUAAUGCCGGGUGAUGUUAGAAAUGACUUGUACCUGAGACUGGAAAGAGGAGACUUUGAACGCGGUGGCAAGUCAACUGGAAAAAAUAUUGAGGUCACUAUACUUGUCUUGGAUGCGGAAGGUCAACCAUUGGAAGGUGCCUUGUUCGGAGCAGCAGGAACUGAGGGAAGUUCCGAGUACCAAAGUUUGGUUAUUUAUCAUCACAAUAGUCCAACUUGGGCUGAAACUGUGAGACUCGCAAUACCAAUUGAUAAAUUUUAUGGGAGUCACGUUCGUCUUGAGUUUAGACAUUGCUCGACACGAGAUAAAAACGACAAGAAGCUGUUUGCUUUUGCCUUUGUCCAUUUAAUGGAAGCCGGUGGUGCUACUUUACAAGAUGGACAACACGAACUUUUUAUAUAUAAAUGCGAAGAGAAGAGCAAACUCGAGUCUUCGAAUUAUUUAUCUCUUCCCAGUACGCCUCGAGACCCCAAUUAUCCAGGUGUCGCGCCAUUCUCGAGAUCGCCGAAGGAAGCGGUUUUCAUAACAACAUUACUUUGUAGUACAAAAUUGACGCAGAACGUCGAUAUAUUAAGUUUACUGCAAUGGAAAGCGCAUCCUGAGAGGAUAUCCGACUCGUUGAAUAAAGUUUUGCGAUUAGACGGCGAGGAGACUGUGAAAUUUUUACAAGACAUUUUGGACGCAUUAUUUUCCAUGUUCCACACUGAAGAUGGAAAUUCAACGGCCUAUUCGGGACUUGUGUUUCAAGUGUUAGUUUCAAUAUUUAGUUUACUGGAGGAUCCGAAAUUCGAGCAUUUCAAACCGGUAAUGAAUGCAUAUAUAUCGGGACAUUUUGCCGCUGCUCUUGUUUACAAGGGAUUAUUGAGUAGCAUACAACAUUGCGCCGAUUGGGUGAAGGCAUCGGAAAGACAAGAACCAAUAAUGAAGUGCUUUAGAUCACUGGAAUAUAUAUUUAAAUUUAUUAUUCAGAGUCGAUUAUUAUUUGCGAGAGCAACAGCUGGACAAUAUGAGGACAGUUUUAGAAGGGAUCUUUAUUGUUUGUUCACGGCACUAAAUAAAAUGUUGACUCUACCUUACGAUAUGGUUUUACAAUCACAAGUGGCAUUAUUGAUGUCGAUACCAACGGUUUUUGAGCAAUUAAUUGCAGUUUUACCAGUUUCGGAGGUUGUUAAAUUGACAUGCACAAUGUUGGAUUCAAUACCAAGAGAACCGCCGCCUCAAUUAAUUCAAACGAAAUUACAAGCUAUUAAAAGUCUCGUGACGUCGGAAUUGUUUGAGGAUGACGAGAGUCGUAAUUUAUUGUUGAUUACAAUUUGUAAACACUUGAGGAUUCAUUUAGCGAGAAGAGAGGAAUUGAGAGCUUGUACUGAUAUUCUUGGUGAUAUUUUGAACUUUUUAUACAAGAGAGCGAGAGACACGAACAAAGUGAAUAAUUGCAUUCAUCAUGACAUUGAAACGUUGGUUCUAUCCAUUCUUGAUGUUUUAAUACAAACAAUAUUGAUAAUUGUUAAUGCGAAUGGACCAGUUUUGGGUAAUUUAGUGGCGUGCUUGAUUAGUUUACUGCAACUUUUAGACGAGUAUCAUUACUCGAGACUGUGGGAGGAAUUAACGUUGGGUGGUGAUCGUAAAGCACUCAAGGAAUUUUUAUUGAGAGUAUUUUUCGUUCUACGUGAUUUAGUGAGACAAUCAAUAUUUGCAGCGGACUGGCUCGUUAUACGAAUGCAGGCGAAUAAUGUUAUUUUAAAAUCACUGCAAGAACUUGCGCAACCAUUGGCUUUUCGAUUUUUACAUAAUAAUUUUGAUUUUCAAUUGUGGUCGACUUAUUUUAAUUUAGCUGUGGCUUAUCUCACGCAACCGUCAUUACAAUUGGAGCAAUUUUCCGAGGUGAAGCGAGAGAAAAUUAUUGAAAAGUACGGUGACAUGAGAGUGCUGAUGGGCUUUCAAAUAUUGUCAAUGUGGUCACGUCUUGGUGAACGAAAAUUGGAAUUUAUUCCGGGAAUGGUGGGACCAUUUUUAGAAGUUACUUUAGUGCCAGAAAGUGAAUUGAGAAAGGCGACAUUACACAUUUUCUUCGAUAUGAUGGAAUGUGAACAACAAGCACGUGGUAGUUUCAAGUCCGUUGAGUCUGAAUUGAUAGAUAAGCUAGACAUUUUGAUUAGUGAAAAUAAAGGAGAUGAUGAAUAUCGACAGCUGUUUAACACCAUGGAACAUUUAAGCGCAGUGCUGUUGAAUAAAGUACAAUCCGAAGAUCCCGCCUGGAAAGACAGUGGAAUUGUUUUCAUUACAUCGGUAACAAGAUUAUUGGAGCGAUUACUUGAUUAUCGCAGUGUCAUCCAGGGUGAUGAGAAUCGAGACAAACGAAUGUCCUGCACCGUCAAUCUUUUGAAUUUUUACAAAAAUGAAUUCAAUCGAAAGGAAAUGUAUUUACGUUAUAUUUAUAAACUUCAUCAAAUGCAUUUGGAGGCGGAAAAUUAUACUGAGGCGGGAUUCACGAUGAAAUUAUAUGCCGAUCAAUUGGGAUGGGGAUCGACAGUAUUGCCAUCGGAUCUUGCACAUUCACAACAACCAGAAUGGCAACGAAAGGAGCUUCUCUAUCAUCAAAUUAUUCGUCAUUUUGAUCGUGGCAAAUGUUGGGAGAAGGGAAUACCACUGUGCAAGGAAUUGGCAAUUUUGUACGAGACUGUUCUUUAUGAUUACGCACAAUUAAGUAAAAUAUUAAAGAUGCAAGCACAAUUUUUGGAUAAUAUACUCACUCAACUGCGACCCGAACCGGAAUAUUUUCGUGUUGGUUUCUAUGGAUUGAGUUUUCCACUUUUCGUCCGGAAUAAACUAUUUAUUUAUCGAGGAUUGGAAUAUGAAAGAAUAGGAGCAUUUACGCAGCGACUCCAGACCGAAUUUCCCAGUGCACAAAUUUUAAUGAAAAAUUCGCCGCCUGACGAGAGUAUCCUUACCUCCGAAGGACAAUAUAUUCAAAUUUGCAACGUGAAACCAAUUCCAGAGGAAGGUAGUUUGGGCUCAGGUGCAAUUGAUGUUCCCGAUCGUGUAAUUGCAUUUUAUCUUGUAAAUGAUGUGAGAAAAUUUACAUUUGAUCGACCUAUGCAUCGCGGUCAAGUUGAUCGUGAAAAUGAAUUUAAAUCACUUUGGAUUGAGCGCACAACACUGAUGACUGAAGCAAAAUUACCCGGAAUUCUACCAUGGUUCGAAGUUAUUGACAAGCGCUCUGAACUCUUGGCUCCAGUGCAAUAUGCAUGCGAGACAAUGCAAAGUGUUGAACGUGAAUUGAGACGAUUAAUUGUCCAAUAUACUGCCGAGCCGAAGAAGAAUAUCAAUCCAUUCAGUAUGCGAUUGCAGGGAAUUAUUGACGCCAAUGUAAUGGGUGGUAUCACGAAAUAUCAAGAGGCAUUUUUAACAACUGAAUUCGCAAGGCAAAAUCCCGACAUGGUGCCGCACGUUAAUAAAUUGAAAAAUUUAAUUCUCGAUCAAAUGAGCGUUUUGGAAUCUGGUUUACAACUUCAUGGUGAAAUUGCACCGUCUGGCGUGCAACCGUUGCAUAAACGAUUAAUUGAGAGAUUCACUCAAUUAAAACGAAGUUUGGGACCAUUGACCAGACAGCGAUUACUGCAUCAAGACAGCAUUAUAAAUUCCCCUUUGCCUCCGCUUCCGAUUGGCGAUAAGCAUCCAGUGACGUUGGAUACAGUGGGUUGUCGAAUGUCACACACAGAGAUUGACGGAAUGCUCGAGGACGAAGGAUUUUACACGAAGGUUGAUGUCUUUGGUCAGAAUCAAACCCCGCCACCGAUUCCACAGAGGGAAGUUCGACCCCGAUCGGUGGGUUAUGGAACAACUCCACCGAGACCAACGCACCAGAGGACUCACAGUAAACCCUUGAGUCCAAAAUUGCCACUGAGACAUUCGCUGCCAACUCCAACUGACAGUGGUGAUCAGACAAAUGUGAGAACCUCCUGGAGUGAAUCAGGAUCCGAACCAGCGCCACCACUUCCUCCAAGAAGCUGCACUUUGGAUAAGAGAGAUUCGAUAGCGAGUUCAAUUGGACCGCCAGCGCCGCCAAAACGACCAAUACAAAAACGUAGCACAGAAUGGAGCGUUGAGGAUGAUUCCGAUCAGCAAAGCGAAACUAAUGACUUACGAGACAGUGGAAUUUCGACCGCGAGUCUCUUGGAUUUUAAUCCACAAUUAACACAUUUAAAUAAUCUUAGUUACGAAGACUUUGUACCACGAACCAAAUGCAACGAGAUAAUGAAUAUUUCACCACCUUCUGUGAUAAACGCUUUAAAUACUACUUGUACAAGUAACAAUUUUCCUAGUGGUACAUUCCAUGGUUCCCAAAUUCUUCCCGAUGAAGAGGUGAGUCCUCCGCCGAUACCUCCAAAAGCGAAUCAAGACGUUCCCUCAGCGCCCACAACAUUGGAAAGGGUUUCUAAUCGAACAUCGAAUUCAAGUCAUGUGGAAAAUUAUUCGGUGCCAAAAUUACAAACACUUUCUGUGGCAUCAGAUACGGAAAGUACCGUAUAGCAUCCUAGUCUUUAUAAAAUUAGUUUAUAGCCGUCAUAUAUAUUAUAUAUACGUAAACGCAUUAGGCAUUGAAUCUUUUUUGAUUGCGAUUGUUUAGUCAAUUAAUUAUUGUUUAUUAUUAUAAACAAAGAGAAUGUUUUUUUUUACGGGAAAAAAAGUCUACAGCCAAAGCGCAAUCAAAUUAGUUUUGAUGAAAUAUAAAUAUAUAAAAAUAUAUAUUAUAUAUUAAAAAAAAAGUCGAAUGAUUUUUACGCGUCCCAAAUAAAAAUCAGCGAAUAUUAUAUCUGAUAAUGAAAUAAAUCGAAACAUAUAUUCCUCCCCCCGACAACAUGCAAUCAUUGUAUAUCAAUUUUUACAUCUCUCUUUUUCUAUUUUAAUGCGGAAAUUUGAUAAAUUAUCGCAUUGAAAUAGAGACAGCACUCUUUUAAUCUAUUGUAAUUUAUUUUUCAAAAUAAGAAUAAAAAAAGUCAUUUUUAUUAACGAUGUGUAAACGGAGAAAUAGGCGCCAAUUAAUUGAUAAUUCGAAAAAUAAGCCAUAUAUAUAUAUAAAGAA